CCGGAAGCGCGCGGUACCCGGAAGGCGGCGGGCGCGGCAGGAUUGUCCCUCGGCGGCUGCCGUAGCGUGCUCGGCUGUGUUGCCAUGGAGAUGAGCUAGGCCACUGGAGUGGGCUGCGCGCGCUGAGUGGACCCUACUUUUCGACUAGGACUGCUGUGGCCCCCGCGUGAUCGCGGGGCGGGUAACCGGUUUUCCGUGGACGCAGCCUAGCAGAAAGAUGCGGCCUGCGUGUCUCACUGGCCGCUGACCCACCGGCCCGAUGACCGCAUCUCCAGGUACCCCCCCGCUCCAGUUCCCACAGCCCUCGGUCAGCGGCCUCUCUCAGAUCACCAGCAGCCUGUAUAUCAGCAAUGGGGUGGCCGCCAACAACAAACUUAUGCUCUCCAGCAACCACAUCACCUCGGUCGUCAAUGUGUCGGUGGAGGUGGUGAGUACCUUGUACGAAGACAUCCAGUAUGUGCAGGUGCCUGUGGCCGACACUCCCACGUCACAUCUCUGUGACUUCUUUGACCCCAUUGCUGACCACAUCCACAACGUCGAGAUGAAGCAGGGCCGCACGCUGCUCCACUGCGCAGCCGGCGUGAGCCGCUCGGCCGCCCUGUGCCUCGCCUACCUCAUGAAGUACCACACCAUGUCCCUGCUGGAAGCCCACACGUGGACCAAGUCGUGUCGGCCCAUCAUCCGGCCCAACAGUGGAUUUUGGGAGCAGCUCAUUCACUAUGAGUUCCAGCUGUUUGGCAAGAACACCGUGCGCAUGGUCAACUCCCCUGUGGGAAGGAUCCCUGACGUCUAUGAGGAGGAGGUCCGUUUAAUGAUUCCACUGUAAGCCAUGCCGCCAGCCCCCCGUCGGGGUCAGAGGUGCAGGUCUGCCGUCGAUCCUGCACGAAGAUCUGAACUCACACACCCUACUUUCGUGCUGCAGAAAAAAACAGACGAUGCCUUUUAUCAGAGCAAUAAAAAAGGAAGCGUGCCGUA